AUUACCUGUCUUUGCUGUUACAUUCUUCGCACGCAAGCCUAACCGUCACCUCAUACCGAAGGUGGGCUUCCGCAACCAUGAUUGUGUCACGCGUGCGCUCUGUGAUCAGCACUCCUGGAGCAAGUCGCGCUGGUAGCCGCGCGUCGACUGCGGCAUCGUUCCCAGCUCCUCGCCACGGUGUCGCGAGGCGAUUUGCACGCCUGGUACCGCGCGCCGAUGUGGAAGGCGUGAUGGACGAGGCUAGCAAGGCGAAGAUUGAGGCUUUAAUGACUCGCUUCAAGAUGGCUGAUGUGGACGGGAAUGGCUAUAUCGAUCGCGAGGAGCUUCGCAAUCUGCUCGAGUCGAUGGAGAGCGGUGAGGUCUAUCUCUUGUCGCAGCACUGGCUCCCUGAGGAGGAGCUCGAUGCCGUGAUGCAAACGUACGACACCAACAAGGACGGCGUCAUCUCCUUCGAGGAGUUUAAGCAGAUUGCGUACGACGGCAUUCUCCUGGAGGGCGCCUUGUCGGAGUACGAGUCGGCGUUCAAGGCGGUGGACAAGAGCGGCAAUGGGACCAUCGGUGCUACCGAGCUGGGUCAGCUGUUUGCCAAGCUGGGUAACCCCGUCAGCCCGGAGAAGCUGGUGGAUCUCAUGCAGGAAUACGACAAGGACGACAGCGGCCAGAUUGAGUUUAACGAGUUCCUGCUCAUGUUCCGUAACAGCCUGCUGGACCUGAAGGCCAUGAGCGCCUACAUGACGAACAACGACGCGCCCGGGUCGGGAUCCGUCAUUGAGGCGGUCGAGGGCGACAUGACACUCAUCUUUAGUGAGCAGGAGCUUGACGAGAUCAUCGCCGCCAACCCCAACAAGCUGGUGGUCGUGUUCGCGGCGCUGACCUGGUGCAGGCCGUGCAAGGGCAUGCAGCGGCCGGUGCAGAGGCUGGCCGAGCACUACAAAAACCACAUUGUGUUCGUAAAGCUGUUUGGUAACGCCAACAAGCAGACCAAGAACAUCUUCAAGGACCGCUACCAGAUCCGUUCCACGCCGUGCUUCAUCACUCUGAAGGACGGCCAGCCCGUGUACACACAGACGGGGACUAACAAGGAGAAGCUGGAGGCGGGGCUCAGGUCAAUGCUGACCAACCCGCCCGUGGGUAUGAUCUACCCGUCGGCCGACGUGCACACCAACGUCCCUGCGCUGACAGCCUCUGAAUUUGAGACCUUCACCUGCAGUUAUCUGCAGGAGCCGGGAAGAGAAAGGGCAGGAGGGGGGCGAGAAAGGGGCGGCAGAAUCAUGUUGAACAGGGCAGGCGCAACGGAGAGCCUGAUGGAGCGGGCAUGUCCAGUGGUCUGUGACGAGGCGGGAGAGACGGCGUUCGGAUCCGAACGCAACCACCUCAUAUGAAGGAGUCGUUUUUGUGCGCUGUGUAGCUGCGUUGCGUCGCGAGUGCAUCUAGUCGUUUGUAGGUACAGGCAGGCUGAUUGAAAUGGACUGGCUUUGGCGGAAAGGGCUGGCACACGUGAGGAUAUGAGCGUAAUGGACACCGACGAGCCAUCGCAACGCCGCGUCGCCGUGGGGGGAAAAGUGUGUUGGGUGAGGUGCCUCGGUGGCAGGUCGCGAUUUCCAGGUGGUCGCAAAAGCAACGUCUACAUAUUGCAGCAAUGCACGAUAUGAAGCUAUUGAGAUAUGGGAAGACUUGGAACUGAGGGAUGUAAGUUUUCGCUGCUUUAUUGGAAGCUGCGGAAUUUGACGAAGUGGGCCUUAGUAUAAAACCGUUGUCCCAGGUGCGCGUAAUGACCCUGGCCCUCGCUCGGAAAUGGUGUGUUUGCUGCGACGUACUGCGGCGGCAUGAGCGGGCAGCUGCACGCCUCGCAGCAGUUGUUGCGCGUUGUCAGCAUGAGUUUGGUUGUUGCAAUCAGGCCUGCAAGUACCCCUUAACGCCAUCCGGCUUUUUGGUCUUAUCGGCCCAGGUGUACGCCAUUCGCGCGCAUCUGGGUUUCAGAUAUGUUCUCGGGUUUCGAUUUAAGUGCCACAUGCUUUUUUCAGAGCGUGCAAAUCGUUAUUUUGCAAUUGGAAAUCGGUUUCGGAUCUGCACUCUCAAUCACACCAAACUUGAAUGGCAUUGCCACAGGUUUUUGGCGGCUCCUGUUCAAAUAUAUAAUAUAUAAUAUAUAAUAGCCUUGUCACAGGCGACAGGCCACGCAACCCUUUUAGGUUGCCCAACAACAUCGCGUGUUUUGGCUUUCUGGUCGCUUUUGUUCUGCAAACAACCGAGUGAUUGAAGGGCGCAGUUCAAGGGCGUCCGGUAUGUACGGCAAUGACAAUGGUGACGACAUGUACAGCAUAUAAAAUGGUUUGUAAAUGACGUGGUGAGAG